UGUCUCAAGAGACGAUGAAAACAGGUGACAAGUAGAAGGUAGCUCAAGUACGGUAGACAACAGACUGUGAUGAGAUCCAGGAAGUGGGCAGGGGGAGGAUCCAGCGAAGACAGUACUUAAGACGCCACUAAAAGAUAACGAGUCAGAUCUCUCUUGUUACCACUUUGAAUGCAUAUGCUCUAUGCUGUAACGGAGGGGGAUCUCCGCACUUUAAAAAAAAACUGCGUAAUAAAACUGAGUGCACUGUCUACAGUCGUCUCUCUCUCUCUGUGUGUGUUGUUUGCUGCAUCAACUUGCUCGGGGAGUGGAAUAAGUUACCACUCAACAAUCCCAGUAGACCGCACGGCAGCGGCUGUCCGAGCGAUCAUUUUACUAAGGAAAUCCAGCUGAAAUCACAUGAAAUCACAGCAGAGUCGUUGUCUUCAACUUAUGCGUAGGGCGAUUUUGUCGGACGGCGUCGCGGGUAUAAUAAAAUGAGGAUUUCAGCAGAAGCAGAGCAGCAGCUUGGAAACGGCUCGGGAGUGACUGCUGAUGGAGCUGCCACCUAGACCAACACUGUUUGACUUCCAUGGAGUCUCCAUGACCAGAUACUUCACUGACAACUGGGACAACAUACAAAACUUCAAAGCGAGACCAGAUGAUAUUCUUAUAGCCACUUACCCUAAAGCAGGGACCACGUGGGUCUCUUACAUCCUGGACCUGCUGUAUUUUGGGCAGACGUGUCCGGAGCGUCAGACAUCGAUCCCUCUUCCUGAGAGAGUGCCCUUCCUGGAGAUCAGCAUUACCUCUGUAGCCACAGGUAAAGACUUUGCGGACCAGCUUCCCACCACUCCUCGUCUUAUUAAAACUCAUCUGCCAGUCCAGUUUGUACCCAAGUCAUUCUGGGAGCAGAACAGCAGGAUAGUCUAUGUUGCCCGUAAUGCAAAGGACAGCGCAGUGUCCUAUUUCCACUUUGGCCGCAUGAACAAUAUCCAGCCAGAACCAGGAGACUGGAGCACCUUUCUUCAGAAUUUCAUGGAGGGAAAGGUGGUGUUUGGAUCCUGGUAUGACCAUGUGAACGGCUGGUGGGAGAAGAAACAGACAUAUUCAAAACUUCACUACAUGUUCUAUGAAGAUCUGAUUGAGGACACUGGACGAGAGAUAGACCGACUCUGCACCUUCCUUGGUUUGUCUUCUUUGGCCGAGGAGAAGGAAAGAGUUAUAGCCGGAGUGAAAUUUGACAAUAUGAAGCAAAACAAAAUGACAAACUAUUCCACUGCCCAGUUCAUGAAUCAAAAGGUGUCUCCUUUCAUGAGAAAAGGGAAAGCUGGUGACUGGAAAAACCAUUUCACUGUGGCCCAGAAUGAACAGUUUGAUGAAGAUUACAAGCAGAAAAUGAAGAAUCCCACGCUGAAGUUUCGUACUGAAGUUUAGAGGUCCUGGCUCGGCCAUGCUCAAUGAAGUCCUGAACUGAUAAAACAAUCAAAAUGUAUCAUUGACCAAAGCUUGAUAAGUUUGACUUUUAUGCAUUUGACUCAUGUUGAAUCUCGUUUUUCUGUGUUUGGGAAUCUGCAUUAUGCCGCUAGUUAGUGGAAAUGAACUAGAGGGAAGUGUAUUGACAUUAUUUACAUUAAUGUCGUCUGUAAUGGCUGCAAUGAAUAACAGUCUCUUGGAAAAAAUUGCGGUCUAUUUUAAAAGACUGAAAAACCAACUUUUUUUUCCCUUUUUUCAAAAAAUGAUCAUGAAAUAUAUAAAAAUAAAA